CCUGUACUGUGUCCGCAGUCUCUGGUCAUCUCCUGUACUGUGUCCGCAGUCCCUGGUCAUCCCUGUACUGUGUCCGCAGUCUCUGGUCAUCUCCUGUACUGUGUCCGCCUGUCUCUGGUCAUCUCCUGUACUGUGUCCGCAGUCUCUGGUCAUCUCCUGUACUGUGUCCGCCGUCUCUGGUCAUCUCCUGUACUGUGUCCGCAGUCUCUGGUCAUCUCCUGUACUGUGUCCGCAGUCUCUGGUCAUCUCCUGUACUGUGUCCGCAGUCUCUGGUCAUCUCCUGUACUGUGUCCGCAGUCUCUGGUCAUCUCCUGUACUGUGUCCGCAGUCUCUGGUCAUCUCCUGUACUGUGUCCGCAGUCUCUGGUCAUCUCCUGUACUGUGUCCUCUCUCUGGUCAUCUCCUGUACUGUGUCCGCAGUCUCUGGUCAUCUCCUGUACUGUGUCCGCAGUCUCUGGUCAUCUCC